CUUGGACACGGUUGGUGCCGGGGCCACCACCACCAACCACACGCGCCAGCCAACCAAAUCGCAGCUGGUAAAUAUAAUCCACCUGAAAUUCAUUAUCAUCUUCCACAUACAAUACCAAUCGCACUCCCCCGCCGCCAACCCUUUCGUUCUCCCGUCGCGCACGACUUCCCUCUACCUCGACGCCUCGCUCGCCCGAGUCGCAAUCCCCGACCGCACGCAAUUGGACAAGAGAGGAAGAGUGAGAGGGAAAGGAAAGGAAAAGGAAGAUGACUUCUUCGCUCCCGGGGACUCGCGACCCGCCGGUAUCGCAGUUCGACCUCAGCACGUACUGGGGUCGUGUCAAGCAUGCGGCGAAUAUUUCGGACCCGAGAACGCUCCUCACGUCCGCGGCGGGCCUCGACAAUGCGAAGCGACUCAUCACCUCGUACAAGAUGGGCAAGGCGCAGGAGAUGACGCCGGAGCUGUGGCAGGCGAAGAAGAUCAUCGAUUCGACGAUACAUCCAGAUACUGGUGAACCUGUGUUCUUGCCGUUUCGCAUGUCGUGCUUCAUCUUGACGAAUUUGGUCGUCACGGCGGGUAUGCUUACGCCGGGUCUUGGGACGGCGGGAACACUGGGCUGGCAAAUCACUAACCAGUCCCUUAACGUCGCCAUCAACUUCUCCAACGCAAACAAGUCGACCCCCCUCUCCACCAGCACAAUCGUAAAGUCCUACUUCCUCGCCGUCAGCGCCUCCUGCGGUGUAGCCCUCGGCCUCAACUCCCUCGUCCCGCGCAUGAAGAGCCUCUCCCCGAACGCCAAGAUGGUCGCCGGCCGUCUCGUCCCCUUCGCGGCCGUCGCAGUCGCGGGUGUCCUCAACGUAUUCCUCAUGCGCGGCGAGGAGAUCCGCCAGGGCAUCAACGUGUUCCCCGUGCUCAGCGAGGAGGAGAAGAAGAGGGUGGAGAGCGGGGAGUUGGAGGUCGCGCCGUUGGGAAAGAGUAGGAAGGCGGCGACGCUGGCGGUCGGAGAGACGGCGAUUAGUCGCGUGCUCAAUGCCACGCCUAUCAUGGUGCUGCCGCCAUUGGUGCUGGUCAGGCUGCAGAAGACGGAGUGGUUGAAGCAGAGGCCGAGGAUGGUCACGCCGGUUAACCUUGGUCUUAUCUUCGGCACCUCGAUAUUCGCUCUCCCGUUGGCACUCGCUGCGUUCCCGCAACGUCAGGCUGUCAGUGCUAACUCGCUGGAGCCGGAGUUCCACGAGCGAGGCGGAAAGGAUGGAUUGGUUGAAUUUAAUCGUGGCAUAUGAACGUAGUUCAUCAUUGCACAUAAAGGCUGGAAGAAUUUCCUUAGUGAGGAGAGGCCACGACCUUACAGAUUCUAGCGUCCUGUAGGUACAAUGUCUUCAUGGGACGAUGUUUACCAACAGGCCUGACGGUAUUAUUGGAGGGCAGAUGAUGAGUAUAUAGUUAUACACAGCAACAUAGAAUACUGAUGAACUGACUCAGUCGGUCAGUUAGUCAUGGAAUGGGAAUGGGAAUGCCGCAUUGGGAGAUAGAGAUGGUGGUGGUCGGAUGCGGUGAAGGAAAUGCUUCUGAUUGGCUGGAGGCCGGAGGUGGUCGGAGCUGCCCUUCGAGAUAUCUCGAGGAAGAGAAUAUUGGGUCAAUUACCACAUAGAAACCCUCGAAUUAUAUAGAGUCAUAGACAUGUAUAUUCCAGCAGCUUCUGUG